UUCUUCUUUCUUUUGAUUGAUAACAGUAUAUUGUUUUAUGUAAUUCUGUUCAAUAUGACUUGCAUUUGAGUCCCAACAAGGAUGGAAACGCGUGAGAAAGGCAGCUAGGUGGGGAAAACAAGAAAAAAACUACUGUAACCAUACAGCUUUUUUCUUAUUUCCACGUUGCCAUUGCCAAAUCUUGUGAUUGAACGAUAAUCUCGAAAAUACAUUUGCCCAGAAAUGUUGGUCAAUUGCCCAGAAUGGCUUUAUAUUGGCUUUAUGCAGUGGAUUCAGUCUCCAGGAGUUUGUGUCAAUAUAAUAAUAUAAUACAAUCCAACGGUUUUAAAGUGCUUUGUAAAGCACUUAAGCACAGUGGUUUUAUUACUUUUUAUAUCAGUAAACUGCUUUUGACACUUUAGGACGGUAAUAUUUUAAAAAAGUGACUUCCACUACUGUCAUUACGGCUUGAAGUCACUUAACUUAUCAAGUACUGUGCUAAAACGCCACAACAAGAUGUUAUUAAUCUGCAUAAUCCACAUUUCAAUCAAGAAAUAGGAUUUACCUUUUAUAGUCACUAACUUCAUGUUAGCGUUAAUUGUGCAGACAUCACAAAGUAGACCGUUUUAAUUUAAUUUUUGUUCAGCCCAACAUUGAACUUUGACCUAUUUCCAAAUUGUUUUAGUACUUUUUGCUCAGGUGUGUUUAUUGCCUAUAGGUUGUGCUGAAAAAAGGAUCUCUUCUAAUUCUUAUAAUCUCUGUAUAGACGUCUAAACAUAGUAAUGGGGGAAAAGCAGCCUCACGCUCUGUGUUCUAAGGGUUAAUGAACAACUAAUCUCCAUUUGUAGGCCUUAGGCAGGUUGAUGAUUAAACAUAGAAAGACUCAGUAAUGUACUCGGAGUAUUAUGCAGCUAUACUGACACCUGGAAUAAGUACAGCCACAAAUACAUAACAACGUAAAGUGCCAACAAUAUUUCAUGCACAUUUUAAUGAACAUCCACAGUGAGAGAAGCAAACAUCGUACAAUAUAAUGUCUUCCUGUACCAACGAUCCACAGACUUUGUUUUCAUCCCUAAACUCUUCCGCUGCAGGUUCUCUCUCUUUUCCUGAGAUAAAUCUAGCAGCUCCUUCCCCGGGGUUUGUCCCACUGCUCCAAUUAUAGCCUGUCAGACAGAGACGAGCAGCAUUGUCUCUGGCAGACAUGGUGACAUCUGCUAUUGGGCGCUCUGUGUUGGAGGUCCACAGAGACACGGAAGGUCAAGGCUUUUCCUCUUGACCUUGACACGUCCUACUUCUGCCGCUUAACCCCCCAACACCUGUCGACCCAGAGCGAGCGCUCCGUCCGUGAGAGGACAUUUGUCACUCGUCCUCGCUAAGACUCCAUGGAUCAUCUUCACUAGAUGUCGAAUCAACAGUGUCACAACCAGAUUGCCAGAUUUCACAAUGUUGCUCUGGCAACUCCGUUUAAUUUCAAGUAAUAAAAACAUAAUCACUGCAAGCUUCAGAUAUAAUCCUGACUCGGUAGUGUCGCAACCUUUUUUUUUUUUUUUUGAGGUUACAGAGAUUUGCUGUUGAUCCACGGAUCAGGGAGGGACUGGAUCGUCGGCAAAGAGGUUAAAAAGUUGCGUCGACCUGGAGAGGGGAGUGUGUGGAGUGAAACGUCCUGUGGAAAGAAAGUAAACACGGCUCUGGAUGACUGCGGUAUAGCGGCAUGUUUCCAACUCUGUAGGGACUUUAGAUCCAUGGUUCUCAACCUGUGGCACCUGUAGCUCCAGUGGUACUGGAGCUUCCUCUGGUACAGAAAUACUGUUGAAAAAUUAUGAACAAAAUAAUAAUUUGUCACCUCAUCUCUAGCUUUAUGGGAUAUUUUCAAAUGAUAUAUAAAUAAAUGUACACUUUUUGUGGGUUGGGCCUUAGGAAGCUGCCUGCUGAUUGGCUACUGAAUUUUGUGAGUGACAGCUAAAUGGACCAGAAGUUGUCACUUUGCUCGGUCGAUUUACGUCACUGUAUUUUAACGUUGACGAUAAUAGUGGUAAUACUUCAAGAGCUUAGUAUUUAACCAGGUGGUACUUGAUAUAAAAGUUUUUUCGAACCACUGCUGUAGAUGAUUCUAGUCAGGUUUAUAGAUUCUCAGUGUAAAGAAGUCAUUUUUUUAUAUAUAUAUAUUUUCCAUUUACUUCUGUUGGACCACAAUUAUGAAUAUCAAUUUUUCUGUUGCUAAUUAGUAAUUGCAGUUAUUGCACUUGAUGCAGUUAAGCUGAGUUUUUUAUGUUCUUCACAGAAAAUGAUCCAAUAAUUCUGAAGCUGAAAAAAAUGAAAAAAUCUUUCUUUUAGCGAACACUGGAAAUCACACCGCACAAAUUCCACUGUUAAGAGUGGAAGAGUUAAUAGUCAUAGUGUAAUAGUAAUUUGUUACAUUUUCACCUACCAUAGAAGCGUCAGAAUAAAAUCUUUAUGAUUUCAUUGUAUUUCACUGUAUUCACUGUGUGUGUAAAUGCAGGAGAAGAAAAGAACAAUGUUCUAUUUUCUUCAACUAAAGUGUGUCUGAGCUGGACAAUUAGUUAUUGUCAAAUCAAAAACGGCAAUUUGAGAAAAGAUAAUUUAGCAUAGUAUUUCAAAGUAUUUCAAAAAUAUUUUGAUGGUAUCUUAAAUACAAUCAGUAAAUAUGAUAUAAGAAAGGACUCUUUUUUUUUUUACCUAUUUCUUUUCCUCUCACUCCUCCCUUCCUUCUUUCCCUUUUCCCCAGGUGUCCCAGUAAUUCUCCUUAUUCCCCCCCCACAAUGCCCCCAUUUCCCACUCAGUCCGACUAAUAUAUGACAUAUUACCUCCACCGAGGCAUUACUCACCCCACCCGCCCGGCCCGUCCUGCGCUGCACCCCCGACAUCUGUCCCACCCUCCACAACUUCUUCCCUCCUCCUUUCCUCUUGCUGAGUUUAUAAGUCUGCACCCACAACAGUUGCCUCAGAAUGAAAAGCUUGACACACUGAGACAUAACGGGGGUUAGAGAGGGGGAAAAAAGAACCACACACUGGCUGAAGAGUUAAAGAUAUUAACAGAUAUAUCACUAAUAUUCAUCUGAAGCUUCAUCAUGCAUGUGUUCAGCUCCUGGCAUGCGCUGUGCGUGCUCGGCUUCGCGGUUGCGUGCUUGUGUAUGAACGGGAUCCAGUACGAAGACUACCCGUACAACUACGACAAUGAAAUCUCCGAGGACCAGCAGGAGGGGGAUUCUGCGAGCACACCUUGCCCGGCUGUGGAUUUCUCCCGCUGGGACAAGCUUUUCAUCGCUCUGGAGGAUUCGCACAUGAGGCAGAACAUGCUGCUGGAAUCUUUGGAGCAGUGCCGUGGAGGAAUGGUCUCUGUCAAGUCCCAGGUGGAAAGGCUGGCCCGGGGAACGUGCCAGCAGUGCGUGCCCGGCAUAGAGGCAGCGUGCAAGGCAAAGGCGGAGCAGGCGAGCCUCAAGCUGCAGCGAGGUUUGGUGGAGCUCGCACAGGGUGAAGUGGAGAGGGAGAGGAGGUUGAAUGCUACUUUGCACAUGCUCCUGCACAGCAGUCAUGAGGAGAAUUCUCGGCUGAAGCGUCUGGAGAAGGGUCUCAGCCACAGAGUGCCGGUGUCAUCGGGUCCAGCAGAUGGUAGAAUGAGAUACCAACCGACAGCCAGACCUGCAGGUUUGAGUCCACCGUUCGGCUUAGGGACGAGGCCGCCGUCGUCCUCUGGCCCAAAGGAGCCGGAAGUGACGUCGCCGCUGGACAUGGCCACAAUGGAAAAAGCCCUGGUUGCCAUAGCAACAGAGCUGCAGAGAGUCCACCUGCAGCUGAGCAGAGUGAUAGAGCAGGCGGGAACAUCGUGGAAGGACAGUGGAGACUCAUGAAUUAUCCUGGGUGAGAAAAACAAAAGACUGACGUUCUGCACAUACUCGUCGCUUUUUCCUUCUUUUCUUUUUUUUUUUAUUACGUUGUCUGUAAAGGAUCUUUUUAAAGCUUGUGUAUGUUUGGUAACAAUAAAAUAAAAUCAAGUGUAACACAAAUGCUGUGGGCUCCUCAUUAAUAAAGACUUUGUGGAAAGGUUGCCUCCCUCCUCCCACGCAGCGGUGAAGUCAUUUUCAGAGCUGCCAGCUUACAAGUCGCUGCAUGUGCUCGCAUGAGCGUUUACGCCGCGGCCUUGGUGUUUGCGUCGUGGUGGUGAGGUUCCGUUAAUACCGUCAGUGAACGGAGGUUGUAGACGGUGUUUCAUUCUAGGCAGGUCUCUUCCUCUCAUUAGUUGCCCCAGGAGUCGGAACACCCAGACACCACAGCUAACAGGGUGUUUUAUGAUUUAUGAACGCCUGCUGGUCGGCCCUCUAACCUCCACACACACACAUUAUCUAUUGUUAUAAACCACACGCAGGGUGGCUUGAAGUUUCCACUGUUACAUACAAAGUCGGACAGAGAACAGUGGGAAACACUUUAUUUCGUUGCGAUGUAACUUAAUGUUUGUUUGUGUUCAAUGUUCUGGCAUUUAUUUAUAUGCUUUUCUUUGUAUUUAUGCAAAUAAAUCUAGUUUAAGUGCAAAAUCUUGAGCCUAUACGUCAGAAAAAUAAGAAUAUUAUCCAUUUCAGCCAUUUAAGUGUAUGUCUUUGCACCUUUUAUUACAACUCUUCUGGUGAGGUGUCAAGUGUGUGUGUGUGUAUGUGUGUUUUCUUCCCUGGCCUUUUCUUUAA